AUGACUGUCGGUAAACCAAAGCGAGAAGACAUUGAGCACCACAUCCACGUGUGGGCCGCCAUUCGUGAAUAUGUCGUUGAGAUUCUGCCAACCGGUCUUCCCGCCGUUCUACGCACCGACAUGCCCGCCGGGACAUGGGAGUACGUUGGCUUUGAGCCCACCAAGUCCGAAUUCGACGCAGCUGCCGCUAUCGCCCUGCAAGACAGCAAGCGCUUCCUCACCGUCAUUGCCGACGACAUGACGGAGUACCGGGAGAUGGCCACGGCGCACGGCUUUGACAUUCUCGCGCAGGAGGCGCUCAUGAUGCUAGACUUGGGCAGCUUACCAGCGCAGUCGGAUAAGACGGCGUCCUUUGUCAAGGAGAUUGAGACGACGCAGACGGGUAUCGCCACGCGCUGCCGGCUCAAGGUGACCUCGUCAGAGGAGGAAGGCAGCAAGCCUGCUGCAGGGGGACAGGUCGGUAUUCACAAGGACAUGGCUGUCUUUGACAGAAUCAAGACAGAAGAGGACAUGCGACGGAGAGGCUUGGGAACGCUGGUGAUGCAGGCCUUGGGCGCUGAGGCGCAUGCGCACGGCGCAAAGACGGGCUGGCUGAUUGGCACGCCAGAUGGGCAGAAAAUGUAUCAUCAGCUGGGAUGGAAGCACGCCUACUGGGUUCUGGUUCUGGGCAAUAAAGAUAUCACCAAAAACCCAUAA